ACUUAUCCACCAUAUGGAAUGUUCAUAAAUGGGUUCAGUAGAGUAUCUUUUGAGGGUUUUUUGCAAAAGAUUGACACAAACAUACAGCUAUAUGAAUUGUGCAGUACCAAAACUUACAACCAGCGAUCUAUAUCUAGCCUAGCUAAUGAAACUUUUUUCGGGGAACUCAGUCAGAUGGAAGAUACCAGGCUUGGAUGUCCAAAGGCCAUUAGUAUUACACGCUUGAUGUCAACCAUUACAGAAAUUCUUCACUAUCGCAGCGAUCCAUCUGACAGGUCAUUUAGUAUUACUUCAACAAGAAAAUGUGUUUAUCCAGUGCCAUCGCUGUUAAACGACACUAGGUCUACUGCUGAGAACAACGACACAUUAGAGGAGAGCAAACCGUCUUUGAUUGACAUUCAACAGGAGGACGGCAAAAUUAAAAUUAUACAGUUAAAGGAUCAUUUCUUUGACAGCGUGUUGCGUAAAAGAAAGAAACAGAGACAAUCAAAGAGAUCCGAUAUAUCAAAGCUACAUGAAGUUACCCGUGGGUGCUUACCCGUUCGCCAAUACCACAAAUGCGACGAGAGUAAGAUUUUACCAACGACACGAUUAGGAAUCAAUCUGUCUGGACCUACAGAUGCUGAGAAUUAAUACUGCACCAAAAAAACAAACCAAAUUUAUGAUUAAAUUGAACUAUUAUAAAAUAACUGUGAUAAUUGGGAAAAAAAUAUUUAUUAACCUUGAUUACUUGGUGUUGUUUUGGAAUGUUUUGUACCAUUUCUUUAUUUUUACAUUCAUUUGACUUAUGUUGUGAUUCUAGUCAGCCCUUCCAUUAAAUGCAUUUCGUAUCAAAUGUCGGUAGCGUAGCAUAAAAGUGUAUCGUAGUGAUAGAUUGAGAGACCGACGGACAGAGGUGAAUCAGUUGUCAUUUAGUAAAUUCUAAUUCAGUGUAGAGUAUAUGAGAGCUUUACAUGUCAUUCUGUUAGUCUAGACCUGCUAGGUCAUGCAUGUAAUAGACCAAGGACUUUUAUAAUUAUUUGAUAAUCUCACUGUUAAUUACUGACGAUUGAUUAUUCCUUGAUAUUUUUAGUUAUUACAAACUAAACUCCAAAAACAAACCCGUGUCAUUUAUAGACAACUUCCUGUUUGGGUUAUUAGUUAAGUAGAACAAAAGUCACCAGUAACGAGCUGGGGGAGAAAAAAAAUCAGAAAGCUA